AUGUUGGGCUUCAGCGCUGUGGUCGCCAUUGUCGCGUCUGGCGCGGCCUUUUUCGUCGUCUUGGGAGUCGUCACGGUCGUGGUCUGGGUGAGAGUCCGCAAAGAGCGACAAGCAAUGAGAAUGCUCGGCCUCAAGGAGGGAGACAACCCUCGCAGUAUCAAACCCUACAAUGCGGAUACGUUGACAGAGAUCUCCCACCUAGAGGGAAGUGUGUUGAGGACUCACGGCCAGCUGCCGUAUGGCAAACCGAAUGAAUGGGGUCAAAUGGAAUCACAUGAAACUCUACUCCGGCCAAAGAGUGAACCAAAGAGUGAACCUGAAUCAUCCUGGCCUCUCGUGGAACGGGCAAGAUCACUUCGCAAUUCAAUCCGCAGAGCCAGGUCGAAGCGCUUCACCAAAGGUGGACUUCGGCGCAUGGGCUCCAUGGCUACCGUUAGCGAGAUGAUGCCCAGCCCUAGGAGCUCCAAAGAUGACAUCCCUUUAUCAGCUCUUGAGGGGAUUCUGGAACUGCCAGCGGAACGAACGCCUCGGCAGACGCCAGAAAUCCCCAGGGAAGAAGAGGGUUUCCAUCUAGGGAUGCGUCCCAUGUCUCCUGCAGUCUGGCCUCCUCCAAGUCAACAGCCGCAAGCGAACGUGUUCCCCGUAAUGGAUUCCAUUCUCUCGCCAGACCUGUUUGACCUACCUCCCAUGAUCUCCGAAGAAUCGCCCACUCGAAUUCGAGGUGGGAGUAUCGUCAGUCAAACGGCAGGACUUGUCCCUGACCAGUCCAUUCCUCCUCCGCCACCUCCCGCUGCAUUCCCUCAAGAACGGUUCAGCUACUUGCGAAACGACUCGGUUAUGCGUCUGUCUUCCAUGAGCCUUGACACCACCGACAGCUCUAUUCUGGAUGACAGUCGAAACAACCCCCGCUCUAAUGAAACCGACCUCAGCUCGCCCAUCUUUCCGUCAGGUGGUACGUUUGUGCCUUUCAGCGCCAAUGAUGUCGGUGUUAAGAACGGGCGCCGGACUUUUAUUGCUGCCAAUACCUCGAUAGCACCCACCUUCCUCGUGCGUUCCUCAUCCACCGCCGAUGGCCAGAGAAAGACCUCGGAAGAAGGUAUGUCGCCCCGGCGCAGCAUGACCACGGCAUCUCGAAACCCAAGCAAUGCAAGCAAUCGUUCGAACGCCCUACCUCGUCGCAGUGAAUCUCUGUCAUCCACUGCUCCGCAAAGAAACUCCUCACUUCGCGUUGGCACCCCUGGAUCAAUGGCUAGCUAUCAGAACGGAAACCAGAAAUCCUGGCGAUCACCAACCUCAAAUUUGGCUCAUACACCACAUGUCAGCCAGUUCCACCAAGGCCAACCGCCGGUAUACGAAACUGAGCAGUUUGAGAACGACCCAUUCUAUGGCGGCUCCCCUGCUUCCAAUGGCACGCUCUUCUCCGUCGGCUCUCCCGGACAGUCCAAUGGCUACAUGCCGCAAAGUCCUAUGCAGCGGUCCAGUCUCUCCGUCAAGAGCCCACUCCCAUCAGCACUUAAGAGUUCCAAUUCUCACCGAAAGAGUAAGGGACACAGACGUCAGAACUGCGUUCGUAUCUCUAUUCAUCCACCUAUGACUUUCGGUGGUUCCGCAUUCUCUCCAACAGUGGAGGAAGAACCUGAAGAUCUGGAUGCCAUGGAGGAAGUAGAUCUGCGUGAGAGUACCAUCAACGGCACAUCAAAGUCACAGCCCUCCCUGUCUAUCAACACGCCAUCUCCUCUUCCUCUAUCAAAACGUGGAAGCGGCAGUCGUCGCACAAAAUCUGUGAUUUCGGCACCAAGCUCCCUCGGACCAUUGGCUGAAGAACCACAACCAACAUUGCAUACUCGAACUCCGUCUAAGAAACGAAAGAAGGCUCCAACCGACAACCAAGAUGAUACACCCGUCCUCGCUAAGGGCCAUGCUUUGCCGGGUAUCUUGACAUCUCUCCCCCCGGCUCGCGAGGUCAAUCUCUCGCAUACGCCUUCGCCAGAGAGAGAAGAUCCCCUCUGGGCAGCCAGCAAUAUUCCGACCCACGAGAAUGCAUCUGGCAUUAGCACUGGCAGUCCCAGACGACCCCCUCUCAAAGGACCACGCACCCAACCCGGCAAACCAGGCAGCAAGAACUCUCCACAGUCCCAACCCCCAAAAUCCAUGAAGCCCUUGAUGCGUCCCACCUCGCCCCUAGAGUUACCGCAUAUCACAGGCACCCAGGGCAGCGAUUGGCGAAAGUCAACAGACUCAUCACACCGGCCAAGGACCGGCGCAAGCACGGGCUCCUUCCGGAGAAACCGCGAUUCCCAGGGUUCCCUAGCCAGCGGCUUCGACUCAUCCAUGCGUCCUAUCUCGCCCGCCUGCGGCUCCAAGGGCUCAAAUGUACGGGACAAGGUUACUAUCUGGGAAGAUGCUAAUCGCAGUGCAUCACCAACCAAGCCUCAUGCGACGCAGUUCGGGGCUGGGUAUACCUUCCAACUUGAUGCCAAUCUCUCGCCUACGCAUGUGAAGGGUAGUAUCCCCCGGUCUCUGUCGAAGAAUGGGAAUCAUUCGCCUAUCCGUAUGGCCGGUCGGGCACCGCCCACGCCGACGUCUACUCGCCGCGGUAUGAUGACGCCGAAUGGUAAGGGACUGGGUAUUGGGGUUACGUGUGCCACGCCGGUUAGUUUGUAUGAUGGCGAGGGCUUCUUGAAGGAGUAG